AUGACCACUGUGGGAGCUGAGAACCAACCCCCAGACGCCCCAGCCUGGCGCGAGAAUCUCAAUACUCAUCUCAUCUGCCCUGAGUGCAACCAGUACCCGCCGGAUCUCAUCGAGGAGAACGCCGACACCAUCUGCGCCAACUGUGGAAUGGUCCUGGCUGAGCGUCUCGUCAGUUACGAGUCCGAGUGGCGUACAUUCAACUCUGACGAGGGCAAAGGCGAUGACCCCAAUCGAGUUGGCGAAGCUGAUAACGAUCUCCUCAACGCCAGCAAUACGGGCACAAUGAUUGGUGGUGGAGGGGCCAAUGUGUCAAAGGAGACGCGGAAGCUCAAAAAGGCUCAGGCACUGCAACAAGAGAACAAGGCCGACAAGGUUUUGCAGACAGCCUAUGCCCAAAUUGAGGCUUGGGGGGAAAGAGCCCAGCUUACUUUUCCCAUCAAGAACAGCGCCAAAGGCUAUUACAAGCGUGUUUACGAAGCGAACGCCCUCCGCGGGAAGCCGGUCGACGUCAUUCUCGCCGGCUGUCUCUUCAUUGCAUGCCGUCAACAAAAGGCACCUCGAUCUUUCAGUGAAAUCUUCGGCUUGACAUCAGUCCCGAAAAAAGAUAUCGGCCGAGUCUACAAACACCUGGAGAAAUUCUUGAUGAAAUGGUCCAACGACAGCAUCCAGGCCAUUGAGGAGAGCGGUGGCAUCGCCAACCAGUCUAUCGCCUACAAUGCAACCGAGUCGACGAAGCCUGAACAACUCUGCGAACGGUACAACAACAUGCUAGGAGGUCCCUUUAGGGUGGGGAAGAUUGCGGCGGAGCUUGCCCAGAAGAUCCCGGAGAUCAAAGAGCUCGCUGGCCGAAGCCCUUUGUCUAAUGCCGCCGCUUGUGUCUAUUUCGCUAGUCACCUCGUCGGUCUCGGGAAAUCCACCAAGCAGAUCAGUGAAGUUGCAAGCGUCAGCGAUGCCACAAUCAAGCACGCCUACAAGCACCUGUAUCUCAAGAGGAAAGACCUCAUCGAACCGAGCUGGCUUGGCAAGCAGGAUAAAGGCUUCGGCGAUGAGAAAAAUCUCCCUGGCGCUUAG